CACACAACAUAGUGCUACCAGAAAUCUCGAUGGGAAAUAUUAACACUUCUCUUAAUUUACUUGAGGGAUUACUUAUAAGUUCUCACACACAAAAUCCACUCGCACCUGUACUUGAGAAGUGUCAGUUGAUCAAAGAUCUUAUCCAUGCAUUGCACGAGGUUGUAGGUGCCAUGAAAGUCACACAACCACGAUUCUUGCACUUGAUGGCUUAUUACAACUACAUUAAAGGUAACAUCAAGAAGGCCUACAGUUUUCUAAAGAAUGCACAUGAUAUUGCCUCAGCACAGGGAAAUAUUCUUGAAGAGAGAUGGAUUCAACACACUAAGAUGGUCUGGGAAAACCCUGUUGUCAUACAGAAACGUUCUCAUAGUAAAAAACUCUAUAAACUGGAAAAUCAAAACAUCAGUAUUGACAGCAUACAGUUUUACUCAUUUGUAACAUAAUGCUGUGUCAAAUAUGUCAUCCAGAAAUCAACUAAAUGUUUAUAAGA